CGGAAACCCGUUUUUGGCAAUGCGGCGACAAUUGGCCUAUAAAAUGCUGGAGAAUUUUAGUCAAAAGCAUCAGUCACUGACAAACCAACCAACCCAAACAACCAAAUCAACAUGAAGUUCCUCAUCUGCUUGGCUCUCUGCAUCGCCGCCGCCCAGGCUGGCUACAUUGCCUCUCCGGUGGCCACCUAUGCCGCCACCUACGCCGCUGCUCCGGCUGUGGCUUACAGUGCACCCGUGACAACCUAUGCUGCCGCCGCUCCUGCCUACUCUACCUACGCCGCCGCCGCUCCUGCCUACUCCACCUAUGCCGCCGCUGCCCCUGCCUACUCCACCUACGCCGCUGCCGCUCCCGCCUACACCGCCUCGGUGUACAGUGCUCCGGCCUACACCGCUCCUGUGGCCACCUAUGCCGCUCCUGGUGCCGCCUACGCCGCACCCAUCACCACCUACUCGGCUCCGGCCAUCGUCAGCCCCUUCCUGAAGAAGAAGUAAACAGGACCCACUUAUUGACACAUCCAAAUGAUUCGAUAAACUAAAUAAACCGCCAAUUUA